AUGUCGCAUCGGACUGUACCAGCGGUAUCUGCACAUCAAACAUUUGCCAAGGUAAGCUUUGUAGCUCCAGUGCUACUUAUUACCAACAGUGAAUUACCCAUUGGUGUUUAUAAUACAAUUUCGGGUGGCGAUAGCACUUUAGCAACACCCGGUACUGAAAUAGGUCAGUAUCCCGCAAACCCAAACAUGGAGACGCCAGCUCAAGCAUUCGAUGGUAAUGUAAAUACCAAGUAUACAAGUUUUGGCCGAUGCAGGCUUAACAAUUGCAGGAGUGGUUCGGCUUCUAAUAAUUGUGGCUUAAAUACUGGUCUCUAUCUAACACUACAACGAGGUGCAACAUUGGUCGUAGGCCUACAACUAAGCACAGGAAAUGAUUAUCCACAACGUGAUCCACUUAUGAUAACGUUAGAAGGGAGUAAUCAGUCUGGCACAAAUCUUACUCUCGGCUCGAGUUGGACUCUCAUCUAUAGUGGUACGAGUGGUCUUGCCACUGAUCCAGGUAGAAAAAAGCCUGGAUCAAUAGUGUUUUUUUCUAACUCGUUGCAGUACACAAGUUAUCGAUUUCUUAUUGCUGCAAGUCGUGCUCCUGACUGCUCUGUUCAAUAUUCUGAAUUAAAACUAUUCGGCUUUUAA